AAAAAAAAGCUCUUGAAAAAAGUUAGACAUGAACAGGUCGAAAAAAUACCAAAGGAAUGGUGAAAGGCAGAGAUCAACGAGUCCAUUUCGACAGCCCGUGAAUUUCAGUACAGGAGAUGGGAACGAGUUCCCGGCUAGUCUAUCAUGCGAACUGACCCCGUCAAUUGAAGAAAGGGCGAGAGAGACAAAAGAAACGGAGUCAGCAAGCGACGAAAUUAACAGACCAUUUCACGUCACGAAGGGAGAUAAUGACGAUAUAACAAAACAUCAAGGGAAAUGGCAAACGAAUUACUUCAGCCUUGAAGGUAGACAGCAAAAAAGCCGCCAAGUCUCACGAAAUCUCCCUAUACAUCUAGAGGGAAGUUCGGACGAUAUCGAUUAUGAUGCAGAAGCGAGCCAGCCGGCAGGAGACAUCCUUGCCAGUGAACAACCAAAUCUAAACACACACAUCAAUUGUUUAUCGAAGCGAGCUACGAGGCCCAAAGUAAAUAUAACCCUUCCUCGGGAAACAGAAGAAAAAUAUCUACAUUUACAACCACCGUUCAGUCCGCCCAGAAAUCACGGGUCACUCAGUCGAUACACCUCGAAAAACUCACUCAGUCCGAUAAGUCCAAUCAGUCCACAAAAGCAGCGUCUAGGGUUUAGACAGCGCACUGGCUCGACUGACUCGUCGGGCUCGUUCGGCCGACGCACUUCACAAAACUCCCUGAGUCCAAAAAGUCCAAUCAGUACGUCCAGUUCACGAAGCUCAACUUGGUCCCUUAGCUCACAGAUGAUAAGAAAAGUCCAAAGAUUAUGCCGGGACGUGGAUCACCCAGCUCGUGUGGUCCAUUAAGCCCACGUUCUUCACCAAACUCGCUGAGUCCAAGAAGUCCCAUUAGUCCAAGAGAACAACUAAGGACAAUUAAAACGCUGGAAUCUCUUAGUCUAGACGAUGCUACUACUCCAAUGAACUCCUGUAUGCCUUCGGUUCUUUAUCACUCCCCUAACAGUCCAUCUGGAUUCUCGUACAAAGAUGGAAAAUGUCACGAAAACCCUAUGUCACGAAUGAAGAGUCGACAUUUCCAGGAAACUGCUUUCCGGGAGUUAUCCCAAAAUGAGAUGGUGCAUACUUUAUCACCGAAUAGUGUUCUUCCGUUGGUGCCCAUAAGUAAGACGAGGCAUAGUUACGAUAGUAAUAAGGGGAACAACAAAAUAAGACUCAAGGCCACGGAGAGAGAGAUAACAACAAGAGAAAUACAGGAACCAAUCACUGCGGAUCAACCGUUGCCCAUGUCAAAUCCGCGUGGCCACUUGCCUAAACCUCAGCAUGACCCUCAAAAGACAGACAGCCAUGAGUUACAUUAUCAUGAAGAUGGUAUCACCAAAGGUGCGGCUAUCGAGUCCUUCCCACUGGGAUUUUGUGAGGAGAAAGGCCUUUGCAACGACAGAACUACCGCGACUUUCUCAAUCAACGUUCCUCAACAACAUGAUGGAAAAGCCCUAACUGAGCCACCAACGCCUGCCCAAGGUAAGAAAACAGUGCCAAGCACGACGCUUAGCAAAGAGCAGGCCGAAGAAAAUGUAGGUAGCCCUACAACAACUGACGAAUGCACUGAGCAACAAACUCCGAUACCAGGGCCAGGAGCCGAAGCCUUGGACAAUGAUAAUGGAUGUCCCGUUCACUUAAAGUCAGAAGAAAACGCCGCAUGGCUGUAUGCGAGGAGCUUGAGAAUGGACAAUGAGACAAGAGAUAGAGCACCUCGAUACCAUGCGAAAAAAGAUGCACAACAAGCGAGCCUCAAGAUAAUAAGCCGGGGCAGUUAAGCAACAGUUGUGAGAACAGUACCUGGGCACAAGCAACAGAGUGGAUCAUUUUGGCCAUGUCCUUAAUAAGCUGUCCCGCAGCAUCUGCUGUCAAGGGUCUCUGUGGACUUGUGGUGUUUUGCAAGAACACAAGAGGCACAUCACGCUGGCAGCACAGCCCUAUAAAGUGUGCGCCCUGAAAGAAGUGUAUAUACUAUCAAUCAUCUAUAGCCAGUCAUAAUUGCUAUAGAAGGAUUAAAUAUUCAUGUACCUUUAGAGCUGAUUGUGAAGUAACAGACCCAUUAUUUGCAACCACACCAACUACAUUUCUGUUCAUAAGAAAAUCGUAUUUUCAGUUGUACGUACAACUACCAGUAAUUCUUAAAUGCAACACUGGUAAAGUUGUAAAAUCAAAGACCAACUAUAUUGAUCAUAAGCUGUGUUCCAUGGUCUGAAGUCAGCUCCAUAGCCACGAUUUUAAGGAGGUUUUACGAGACCACAGGCACAACUGAUUUUCCAAGGCCCAUGUGUUUACAUAUGUGAUAAAAUGCAAAAAAAAAAUAUUGGUGUACAGUUAAUGAUAGUGAAUAGGGUAGCAUAAGUAGUUAGGGAAGUAAUUGAGUAAAAGCUUAAAAUAUUCCCUUACCCAUAAAUAUGUGCAAAACCA